UCUCCUGCCCGCUCAGACUGACGAUAGGGUUAACCCGAAGAUGCUAUUCCAGCUCCAGGGUUAAAGGCAGAAGAAUCGAUACACACAGAGACAAAGAAACAGGGACACGGCAGCAGCUCCUGAUUGUGUCUACUCUGUGGUAACUAAUGUAAUUAACUAGCUUCUCCGUUGUAGUUUGCUUAGGGGGGAAGUGGAAAUAUUCAAGACUUCUUUGAAACAAACAAGUUAACGCUAAGUCAAGGCAGAUGUGUAACUGAGCAGAUGUGAUUGCAGCCGUAACUGAGACACAAGUUACACUUUAGCACACGUUUUCUACCCCCUUCUCUGCAGCUUGGCCUGUCUGCUUGUUUGUGUUUUUUCCUGAAGAGGAAAUCUUGUAAAUGUUUAGCAUUUGGCUGCUUUGUUACUUAACGCUUGGAACAAUUCCCGUGUUCACUGUAUCGGGUGGAGGAAACCAGCUGAGUCCGGAGAACAGUUUAAUAUGGGGACCUGGUCUGAGAGCAGAUGUUGUCCUCCCUGCUCGAUAUUUUUAUGUUCAGGCUUUGGACACUGACGGGCAGAGGUUUACUUUCUCUCCAGGAGCAAAUACAUUCCAGGUGAAGAUCACUGCUCCUGAUGAGCAGUUCACUCGGAUAGGAGUGCAGAUAUUAGACAGAAAAGAUGGCUCCUUCAUUGUGAGGUACAGAAUGUAUGCAAGCUACAAAAACCUGAAGAUAGAAAUCAAAGUCGAAGACAAACAUGUUGCCAAGUCUCCGUAUAUUUUAAAAGGCCCUGUUUACCAUGAGAAUUGUGACUGCCCUCGCGAAGACAGCACUGCAUGGCUGGAAGAUAUGAGCUGCCCUCAAGCCAUUCCACAGAUUCAGAGAGACCUAGCACAUUUUCCCACUGUUGAUCCAGAUAAGAUUGCAAAGGAAAUUCCACAACGGUUUGGACAAAGACAGAGCUUGUGUCACUAUACCAUAAAAGAUAACAAGGUUUAUAUAAGGACCCAUGGUGAGCAUGUAGGCUUCAGGAUUUUCAUGGACGCUAUACUACUUUCUUUGACUAGAAAAGUGAAAAUGCCAGAUGUAGAGUUUUUUGUUAAUUUAGGGGAUUGGCCUUUAGAGAAAAAGAAAUCUACUCAGAACCUUCAUCCCAUCUUCUCAUGGUGUGGAUCCACUGAAUCAAAAGACAUUGUGAUGCCAACCUAUGAUUUGACGGACUCAGUUUUAGAAACUAUGGGCCGAGUCAGCCUGGACAUGAUGUCUGUCCAGGCCAAUACUGGGCCACCCUGGGAAGACAAGAAUACUACAGCAAUUUGGAGGGGACGUGACAGCCGCAAAGAGAGGCUUGAACUUGUAAAACUCAGUAGAAAAUAUCCAGAUAUCAUAGAUGCUGCUUUCACAAACUUUUUCUUUUUUAAACACGAUGAAAGCCUUUAUGGUCCCAUUGUGAAGCAUAUUUCAUUUUUUGAUUUUUUCAAGUAUAAAUAUCAAAUUAAUAUUGAUGGCACAGUAGCUGCAUACAGAUUGCCUUACCUGUUAGCAGGAAACAGUGUAGUACUGAAGCAAGACUCCUUCUACUAUGAACAUUUUUAUAAUGAGCUGCAGCCCUGGAAACACUACAUUCCAUUUAAAAAUGACCUGAGUGACCUACUGGAGAAGCUACAGUGGGCAAAAGAUCAUGAUGAAGAGGCAAGGAAUAUUGCAAAAUCGGGGCAAGAAUUUGCAAGAAAUAACCUCAUGGGAGAUCAUGUAUUCUGUUAUUAUUUCAAACUUUUCCAGGAAUACGCCAAUUUACAAGUGAGUGAGCCAAAAAUCAGAGAUGGCAUGGAGAAGGUAGAGCAGCCUGACGAUGACCUGUUUCCAUGUACUUGCCACAGAAAGAAGGCCAAAGAUGAACUCUAACAGGAAGAAAUAAAGUCAUCUUUAGGAAUGUUUACCUAUCUUCAGAAUCUCUUUAAAAGAAAAUAAAAGGAAAAUUAUUUUAUUAACAAUUUCAAUGGACAAUACAAAACAGUGUGCAAUAGUCUGAAUGAGGAAUACCUACUGAUAUUUUCCCUUUUAUCAUCAGUAUCAAUAGUACUUGCUGUUUUGAAAUGUUUUUACAAUUUUUUUUUUAAUAAAGUCACCUUCAUUU